AGAUUGUAAGACUAUUGUGAAUUGUUAGUUAUAAGCCUUUUAGUACUGCAGCUCACUUGCCCUUUCUGUAAUUUUUAAAACUUCACUUCUUCCACAACCGCAGCAAGUCCACUCAUCAUCAGCCAUCGAGGGAAUUCCGAUUGUGACGUCAUCUCUCUCGAUCACUCACCCCCGCUCCGUCUACAUUGGAAUCCCACUCUUGUUCAUGGUCCAUCGAAGCCGUCCACUGAGACAACCAGAGACAACCAUCGAUUGAGGUAAAUCCCAUCUACAUUGACAUACAUACAUAGUUGUGUGCCAUCGUUUCGGUCAAAAUGAGUGCCCAAAACCUCUACAAGUGCAUGUUGUGCAAAAAACGCCAUGCCCUCAGAUACUGCCCAAUUUUCAUCCAGAUGACGGUGGAGGACAGGAGGGUAGUAGUUCGACAGCACAACUACUGCCGAAAUUGUCUGGCGAAAAGCCACACACUUGAUGACUGCCAGUCGGCAGAGACUUGUCGAAAAUGUGGGUUUCGGCAUCACACCAUGCUGCACCCACGAAAACUCACCUUCAACUCCAGCAGCUCUACCAUCACCACCAAAUCGACCUCAUCAAGACAACAACCCCAAAAGAAACCACCAACUUUAGCACGGCCUCGACGACAACAAUCAACAUCAACUCCGGCCCAACGCAAACAACCAGCUAAAUCACGCCUUGGCCAACGUCAACACACAGCCUCAGCUGGUCAACAACAGCGACAACCCAAAAAACGCUACAGGUCUCAGAGUCAAAGAGGCCGCCUGCCACCAAAGCCAAGACCUCAGCAAAAGCCAAGACCUCAACAGAAGCCAAAGCCACAGAAAGCCAAAAAAAGACGCUCAGCAGCCCCUCAACCGAAUUACUUGAUACUGUCAGAGGCUAUAAAGUCCUUGGCGACCGUACUUUGCGCUUCCUCAUCAAAUUUUGCGUAACCGCAAGGCCGGCGCCAUGGACAAAUUUGCAUUUGUCCCUUAAAAAUUAAGAACAUAUCGUAGAAUAAGUUGUAUGAAUUAUUGAAUUGUAUUGUGAAUUGAUAUGAAUUGUCUAGCGUAUAAGAGAUCCUUUUUUGCCAUCCGUACUAGAUUGUAAGACUAUUGUGAAUUGUUAGUUAUAAGCCUUUUAGUACUGCAGCUCACUUGCCCUUUCUGUAAUUUUUAAAACUUCACUUCUUCCACAACCGCAGCAAGGUGAGCAUCCACACUCUUUUCUCCUCUCCUAAUAAAACCCUUACCUUUGUAAUCUCGCAACCGAAA